AUGAAUCCCUACUAUCCUCCUCCUCUUAAUCCCCUGCCUGCUCCAUCGCCACGCAUGCCUUCUUCCACCGCCCAAGUCCUGGGAAAACGCAAGCAUGACCAUUCGCCAGCAAUGCCACCAUCAGCACAGUCUGGGGCUGUUGGUGUCUUCUCCUCCCAGAUCCUUGGCCACCGCUUCCCAGUCAGACAAUUUCGCGAGCCGCUCUCCAUAGAAUUCAUGACGUCCAAGUACCAACGCCAACAGACGAGCCUCCCAGUGACGACUUUACCCUCAAAGCCAACCGCGCCGGCUCGUCCUACCAUCUUCGUCCAUAACACUGUCCAAACCAUCCAGGGUGGUAAGAGACCUAAAGUUGACCGUACCCAGACCCAGCCAUUGUUUCGGGACUCAGAUGAUCGAUCCGUCCAGAGACCACGGCCUCCACUCCAACCACCGCGUCCAAAACGACUGGCUCUGUUACCCAGUAGACCCUUACAAAACUCCAAGCUUGUGCAUGCCGACGCCUGGGUUGAUAUUCUCGGCUUCUGCGAUCCAAAACUCCUGCUGGAAGCCAAAACUCUCAACCGAUUUUUCUAUAAUCUCCUUUCCGACAAUUCCGCCAUCUGGCGAAAGAGCAGACUGAACCAUUAUGGUUCCAAUAUGCCAGACUGUCCGAAGGGGCUCACGGAAAAACAAUACGUCGAACUCCUGGCUGGGCGUGGCUGCCAGAAUAAGACCUGCCCUGUCGAAGGAACAUCCAAAGUUCAUUGGAUGUUUUUGGUUCGUCUAUGCCCGGAGUGCUUUAAAAUGAAGACACAGAGCGAGGCCCAGCUCCCGCGCGAAGACCGUCACAGACUGCCCGCAACUGAAGACCGCACACGUCCAGGAGACGGACGUCCGCUGUGGGAGCUGCUACCGCUCGCACGGACUGACGGCCGUCGUGGCGCAACAUCCCGCCAUGUUGACACCGAAGCAAACGACUGGGUGCGCGAUCGUGGGAAAUUCGCUUUUUUGAAGACAUCCUUUAAGGAAAUCAAAACCCAAUAUCUGCAUCUCAGCACCUCAGAUGAUGGAGACAGCGCACUCGUGGCGUGGGCAAGCAAGAUCCAUAGAGAAACGAUGGAGUUUAUGGCCGACGUCAACAAACUUGAGGCUUGGCUUAAAGAGCACGCAAAGACAGUACAGAAGUCCAAGGCCGAAGCUCAGCGAGAACAGAGGAUUGAAUACUUCGAAGCACGUGCCGCAGCACAGGCACCGCCCAUGGACCGCCAGAUCCUAUGGAAAAUGGCCGCUUUCACAAGAAUCCUCAAGAUUUUGCAAGAUGGAAACGAGCGGUCGUGGGACCUCCUUUGGAUCAAGAUUGAGCCGUACAGGUCGCAUGCACAACAAGUGGUGGAAUUCGAGCGAUUGAUGGCCUCCGACUUUCUUGAGACUGUUCCCCAAGUCAGGCUGUUCAGGAGGCUCCAUGAACAUCGCUGUGGAAGGGAAUCCGUGCCCCGCGCGUACCAGCCGGAGCAAAAGUUUGUCCUGCGACUUGCGGAAGCGGUGUUUUCCCAAUGCGUCAACGACAGAGUCGCCAAUGAAGAUCUUCUGUUAAUGUGCCUGAGGAACGUGUUUGCCACCUACAGGAACAUGCCGCGGGAAAAGCGCCCAAGGGGCCUCAACUUCGAUGGAACCACUGGUCCAUAUUGUCUCAGUCUCGACGACGCUCGAAUGAUUGUGAAGGAUGUGCUAGAAAGGCAGAUCUCAGUUCAUUCAGAACGCGGCAGGAUUGUGUUUCAAAGUCUGAAAUGCAGAGGGUGCCGGCGAGCCGACCACGUCCGGACGUUUUCUUUCGUGGAAGCGUUCGAACACAUUCUUCAAACCCAUGCCAGGAAAGUGGGCGAAGGGCUUGAGUACUAUCGUUUUGCCAUACCGCACCCGUUGAACGAUCUAUCUGGCUUGUCGCCAGAGGCAGGCGGUGUCGAGUACAAAUUCCCCUGGUACACGGUUCAAUGGCCGGAGAACCUGCCUCUUGUGCCUCGCCAUCAAGAAAAAUCGGAAUCGGAUACCUGGCACCCGGAUUUUCAUACUGAGUUCGUCCCACUGGCGGCGCCCCUGAGGAUGUCGGCGUUUCACGGACGACAGGCUCUUGGGCAAAACCAUGCAGCCGACGACUUCGGCCCCAACUUGAUUCAUGCGGCUAAGCGACUGCACGGGGUGAAGCUUGAUGGGCCCUGUCAGAUGAAGAUCGCGUUAAAGUACGCUCUUGACCUUUGGGCUCAGCGGCAUACGAGAGAGCCGCCGUUGUCCACCUUCAUGGCAUGUUUGGACAAUCUAGCCAUCGCCAAUCCAAGUAUCGAGCUAAAGUUCCGAUGCAGAAUAUGUCUGCGCGAAGACAGACGCCCACGGACAUCUCGAAAAAGUAAACACAAGAUAACGAUGGAAUCCCUCCACAACCAUUGGGAGUUGAAGCACCGUGAAGGCAGUGUUCCCUGGACCAAAGGGUUUAUGGCUCUGCCAAGCGAGGAGGAGAUCUCGCAGCAGAUCGCACACGUGGACAAAAAGCUACAAGAACAGAAGGAUUCGUUUCGGGAAAAGGCUACAGCUCCAAGCAUCAGGAAAAGAGCGAAGUCGAAAGGUAACGUCCUUUUCGAAGUCAAGGAAUCGGCAGAGGUUUUUGACACCCUCUUCCCUAAAGUGGCUGGACACUGA